AGUCGCUCCCAGGGAGGGCGGAGGUGCCUGCCGGCUCCAGAAGCAGGAAACGGUGUACGGGGCCAGAGGCAGAGGCAGUCCCCGAGCGAGAGAGGAGCCUGGCGGUGUCAAGGGCUGGCAAAAUGGAGGCGGCGGCGGCGACGACGGGGGGUUUCUGAGAGGGGGCUGCGCGUCACCCGAUAGGGACAAUCCCCCCUUUUAUUUUUUAAAAUUCGAGGACUGGCUCUCGCGGCAAAUAUUUUUAAAUUAUUAUUGCAAAGAUUUUUUUUUUGUACAAAGAAUAACCGGAGGGAUUAAUUUAUUGUAAGCUUUUUUUUUUAAAAAAAGGAGUUACAUAGCCCGUCUCUGUGCGGGCGGAGGGUAUUUAAUAGCGCCGGAUCGCGCCGCUGUCCUCCCCUCCGAACAGCCGGGGAGGACCUUUUCUUAGAGUGGGGAGGCGCGCGGGGGUUGCGGGUCCGUCCUUUCAGGACCCACGAGCGGUUCUGGCCCCCGGGGAGAUGCCUUUUGUCCGAAGCGGGUUUCGUGGCCCUGGACACUGAGCUCUCCCCCCCGCCCCUGUCCGAGCCGGGGGUGUUUCUGGACCGGGAAUGCCCGGCUGUGCCCGGGGUGGGCACUCGAGAGCGGCGGGCAGGCGGACCCGCGGCUGGGGCCAGUAGGGAGGGCGGCUUGGACCGCAGGGCUUGCGGUCGCAGGAGCCGGGCAGAGGGCGUCGGCCUCCCCUGCCCCCUCCCCUGGCACGGCUGGCAGCGCCUCUUCCUCGCCCGCGGAGCCAUUUUCGCCGGGGCGCUCCUGGCAGCGGUUGCUCCGGGCGGGCGGGCAGGGCGGGGGGGUGGCCGCCGCCUCUUUCCUCUUCCUCCUCCUCCUGCUGCCGCUGCCUUCCUUCCCCGCCUCAUCCCGGCAUGAGCCGCGUCGGGGGCUGAGGCUGGCCGGGCGAAGACGCCGAGGCCCUUGACAGGAGCAGCCGCCGACCCGCCCGAGCUUCGCCGGCCGCGCCCGAUGUGGCGCCCGCGGCUGCCUGGCUGACUGCCCCGGGCGGCCCCCGCCUCCCCUCGCCGGGCCAUGGAGUCUCCCCCCAACGGCGGCGGCCACUUGCUGGGCAGCUCCGGCGGCCUCCUGGGCGCGGGCUUCGGCAGCCUCCAGAGCCCCGAGCGCUCCAGCCCGCACCACCCGCACGCCGCCGCCUCCUCGGCCGCCCCCUCGCCGCCGCCGCCGCUGCCCGGCUUCGGCACGCCCUGGUCGGUGCAGACCUCGUCGCCGCCGCCGCCCCAGCCGCCCCCCGGGCAGCCGCCCCAGCCGCCGCCUCCUCCGCCGCCGCCGGCCACCAGCGCCGCCGCCCUGGCCCCGCCGCCCAGCCCGGAGUCGUCCGACAGCGGCGGCUUCUACGCGGGCGGCGGCGGCGGGAUGGCGUCGUCCCUCAGCCCGGCCUUCUUCCAGAGCUUCUCGCCUCACGCGGCCUCCGUCGGGCCCUUCAGCAGCCCCUUCUCGGCCGCCCCGCCGCCGCCGCCGCCUCAGAUCAACUUACCUCAGCCGCAGCCGCAGAGCCGGCGCUCCCCGGUCAGCCCUCAGCUGCAGCAGCACCAACACCAGGCCGCCGCCGCUGCCGCCGCCGCCGCCUUCCUCCAGCAGAGGAACUCCUACAACCACCACCAGCCUCUUCUGAAGCCCUCGCCUUGGAGUAACCAUCAGAGCAGCGGCUGGAGCACUGGAAACAUGUCCUGGGGAAGUAUGCAUGGUAGAGACCACCGGAGAACUGGAAACAUGGGGAUUCCAGGAACUAUGAACCAAAUCUCUCCCUUAAAGAAGCCGUUUUCUGGCAAUGUCAUAGCGCCACCUAAAUUUACUCGUUCUACUCCGUCGUUGGCACCAAAAUCAUGGAUCGAAGAUAAUGUUUUCCGAACAGACAACAACAGUAACACGCUCUUACCCUUACAGGUAAUAAUGGAUCGAAACAGAAUGUAUGACAGUCUGAACAUGCACUCGUUGGAAAAUUCCCUUAUUGAUAUAAUGAGAGCUGAGCACGAUCCUCUUAAAGGACGUUUGAAUUAUCCGCAUCCAGGGACUGACAAUCUUCUAAUGUUAAAUGCAAGGAGUUAUGGGCGAAGACGAGGUCGUUCUUCACUCUUCCCAAUAGACGACGGCUUGCUGGAUGAUGGUCAUACUGAUCAAGUUGGUGUGUUGAAUUCCCCUACAUGCUAUUCUGCUCAUCAGAACGGUGAACGGAUAGAACGUUUCUCUCGGAAAGUAUUUGUUGGUGGUCUUCCACCAGACAUUGAUGAAGAUGAAAUUACUGCUAGCUUCAGGCGAUUUGGACCUCUGGUGGUUGACUGGCCUCACAAAGCUGAAAGCAAGUCCUAUUUCCCCCCUAAAGGUUAUGCGUUCCUCCUUUUCCAAGAGGAGAGCUCUGUUCAGGCACUGAUUGAUGCUUGCAUUGAAGAAGAUGCAAAGCUCUAUCUGUGUGUUUCUAGCCCCACUAUCAAGGACAAGCCGGUCCAGAUCCGUCCCUGGAACUUAAGUGAUAGUGACUUUGUGAUGGAUGGCUCUCAGCCUCUUGACCCUCGGAAAACCAUUUUUGUGGGUGGUGUCCCCAGGCCAUUAAGAGCUGUGGAGUUGGCCAUGAUAAUGGACCGACUUUAUGGCGGAGUUUGUUAUGCAGGAAUCGAUACAGAUCCUGAACUGAAAUACCCAAAAGGUGCUGGGCGAGUGGCUUUUUCCAAUCAGCAGAGCUACAUUGCUGCCAUCAGUGCUCGGUUUGUUCAACUUCAGCAUGGUGAUAUUGAUAAACGAGUGGAGGUAAAGCCAUAUGUGUUGGAUGACCAGAUGUGUGACGAAUGCCAGGGCGCACGAUGUGGUGGAAAGUUUGCUCCCUUUUUCUGUGCCAAUGUCACUUGCCUGCAGUAUUACUGUGAGUUUUGCUGGGCGAAUAUCCAUUCUCGGGCAGGACGUGAAUUCCAUAAGCCAUUGGUGAAGGAGGGGGCUGACCGCCCACGCCAGAUCCACUUCCGCUGGAACUGAGCUUGAUUCUCCAAGAUCCCUGUAAGGAAAGAAGAGUGCAUGUGGCUUACUGUGUUUGAAGAAACUGACAUGCAGAAGAAAUAAGUGCAUUUUUCUGCUUCUUACCCCAACUUCUCAAUACGUGCAUCUUUUUCAGCAGCCAAAACACUACAAAGCCUCUUGUUUUUCACCAAAACCCUACAUCUCAGGCUUACUAAUUUUUGUGAUAUUUUCAUGUUAAAAUAAAAAAAAAUGUUUUUUUGUAUUUUCUCCAACUUAUUUUUAUAUGUAAAAUUAAAACUAGAUAUGAGAAUGUUUUUGCGUAGGGGCACAGAGUCUGCUGCUAUAUUUAGUGGGUGAAGCGUGCACUUAUUUCUAAACAUGGGUUUUUAAACUUCAAGAUCUGCCCCAGUAAUUUACCAAAGGUAGCAAAAAUAGUGAAGAUGGAAUAUGUCUGCUACAAAAAAGCUUAUUUUUUAUUGUUGCUAUUUUCAGUGUAUACGUCAAUUUAAAAAAUAGGGUUGAUUUUUUUGCUCUCCAUUUUGACUUGCAAGAAAUAAUACCUCAAGAUAAUCUGAUUUAUUAGCUAUUUUUAAACAUUUAUAAUUACAAGCUGUAUUAGCUUUGCUGCUACAUAGGUGUUGUGUGUAAUGCCACCUAUUAAUACGGGAUUGAAAUGUUUCAAGAUACACUGCAUUACAGAUUAAAAUGCAGGCAGCACAAUAUGGCCGAAACUGCCAUAGUUUUAGAAUGUGAAAAAUUGCAUGUUUACUUACCUGUAUACACCAUAUGCAUGCACUAAAUCUAACAAGGCGCAAGUUAUUGCAAUUUUUUUUAAAAGGCUCUGAAGUCUAGGUAGCAUGAGCAAAUUGCAAAAUUUGUUACAAAAAAGACUUGCAUGCAUGAUUGUGACUCAAAAGUUUUUUUUAAAAUGUCCUACAUGUGUACAAUAUGCAAAUUAGUUUUAGAUUAGAAAGUGCAGCCAUUUUGUGACCUGGUUGGUAGUGGAAUUCGAUUUUUGCAGACUGGAUGUAAUAUUGUAAUCCCUGUGCAAUUUUGUGAUGUGUGAUUCUAAUUAAUGUGGAGUGGCGUAGCAUAGACAUGUUUGAGUAAAAACAAAACUAGCUUUUUCUGGACUAAUUUAUUUCAGCCCCCUUAAUCAUUCAUGCUUAAAACUUCCUCUACAAACCAAAGAUGGCCAGCCCACUGCUAACCAGUCACCAAAUGGGAAACUACUGAGAAAUAAUCCACAUAGAAAUGUGUUCAUAAAAGAAAACCUGAUGCUUUAGUAAUAAAAUCUAAAUGAAGUCAAAAUGGAGAUGGUAUAAUGUACAGACAGCUAGUUGCAUAAGCUAAAACUUACCUUUAAGACAACAGUGAAAUCCAGUUUAAAAUUGUGUGUGUGCUUGCUUGACCUUGAGUGCAUUUGGUCUUCUGUCCAGCUGGGGUCACUGUUGCAUGAAGUGUUGUUAGUUGACCAACAACCAAACAGUGUUUUUUUUAAUUUUGAUGGAGUUCUGAUGACAUGGCCUGCAGAUUUUUGAGCAGAAAUGAAAAACACACGUGUAGUUUCUGAAUGAGAGAAGUUCAUCGGCUGUGUUUUUGUCCAUCUCCAGACAUUUUAAUGCAACUAGCCCUUAUGUUUCAGUGGAAGGAAAGAGCUACUCUACAGUUUAAGCAAGCACCCAACAAAAGCAAAUGCAGAAUUUGAAAGUCUCUAACUCCUAGAGAGAAAUGUACAAGGGUCUUGCUCUUAGCAACCCCUUGGGGACAAUCCUUCAUGUAAGCAAGUGUUGAUCUUAUUAUAUUGGUUGUCUGCAGUGUGCUUUUUGUACUGUACAAUAUGUGGUUCAUGUCUAACUCUGCUGUUUUGUCGUGGUUGUAGUUCAUGUUUUUAAUGUUUUAAAGUUGACGCUGUUUUAAGAAGAGCUUUUUAACUGAUUUAUUUGUCAAUGUUCCCUAUUUGUUACUUAACCAUAAUCCUCCAGAUUUUUGGGAGUAUUCUUUUCUAACCUUUAAACCCUGCCAAACCUUGAUCCAUUUUUGACAUUUGUUAUGCACUAUUUUUAUAUCUCUAUGAGAGAUUUUUUUCCAACAAGUCAGCUAUUUUGAGGCACACCUUUUUUUGACUGAUGGCAUCUCCUUUGCUAUACCUCAAUUUUUGGAAUUUAGAAAAGAGGAAAAAAAAAUCAGUAGUUUUGCAGUGUUAAUUAUUUAGAUAUAAUUUAAUUCUGCAGAUGUUUUUAACUUUAUUUUCAUAUUUCUUGCUUAAAGUUUAAAAUUGAAGAGCAUUUACAUGUUUUAAAUAAUGAAAACAAAUAUGGGAAAAUAGAACACAAGUGAAAUAAUUGGAGAUGUUGAAAAAUCCCCCUCCCCCCCUCCCCCAUUAAGCUGUUAAUGCUAGGAAUACAUGGGGACACCUCUUCUUUAUUUUUGGUAUGGGUAAAAGUAAUCAAAAUAUCAGACUGUGCUUGUCACUUCUUUUCUGGAGCUGUUGAUGUGAAUAGCUUCUGCAACCUACAUGUUUCUUUUGUUCUUUCAAUGAUCGUGCUCUUAGGGCCCAAUCCACCAUGAAAUUCUCCAGUCCCAGCACCCACUGGAACCUUUGUGGGAGCCUCGCAAGACCAUAAUAGCAUUCUCACUCCUGUGUAUGGAGCACUGGUGGGCAGGUGGAUUGUACUCUUUUUCUCCUAGCGGUUCCACGCUGUUUUGGUUGGGUUCUUUUUUCUUUCCCCUCCUUUUUUUACAAAUCAUAUUUAUUUUACUAUUUUUGUAGGAGAUUAAUUUUAUUCUAUUUUUGUAUUUUUAAAGCUUCUUUACUUUAUUUCCCCCAAAAUGUGCAUAUUGCUGCCCAAACAUAUGACUGUGGAGGAAAAAAAUACUUUAAAAGUCCACACUUUUUUUGUUAAGAAGGAAACAUUUAGCAUUUAUAUAUUUGUGUAUGGAAAACACUUGAUAUCUUAUUCCCUGUUGCAUCUGGCUGCACGGAGCCUCUCCUCAAAGAUGCUACAAAACUUGAAUAUAACACAUUUUGGAAGGCUGACUAACCUCGAUUCUGUGUUGUGACGUGCAAUACUGUUUCUAAUGUUUGUAUAAAAAGAAUAACAGUGUAAACCUUUUUAAAUGCAAAUUUUAUUUUUUUCAUUGCAUCUUUUGCAAAUUUUAUCCACAGUGUCAUUUUUUACUGUCAGAAAAAGAAAACCCCUUUUGUCAUUGCAAAUAUUUUUUAAAAUCCAGAAAUCUUUGUACUGAUGUAAAUGAUCGUAGUUAUUUUGGAUAGUGUUUUGCUAACAAAAGGAGAGACUUUUUUCAUGCAUAUUUCUAUUUUGUUGUCUUUUGUUUUUGUUUUUCUUUUUGUUUUAUUUCAGAUAGUAAAAAUACUUGGAAUAAUUUUUCAUAUUCUUGUCAUUAAUAUUAUUUUGUAUUUUUAUGUGGAAAUAUAUAAUUUUAUGAUGCUAAUUGCUAAAAGUUUAUUUUAUGUUGAAUUAUUUUUGGAGCUAAAAUCUUUGUAAUAUUAAAGCAACUAGUUUCUAAAUUCCGAGUUUCUGUAAAGAAUCGCACAAGUGGUUUAUGGAGUGUUUGGAUUGUAAUUAUAAAUGGUUCUUUGAUAUGCAAAUUAAUAUUUUCAGUUAAUUUUAUUUUGUAUUGCUAAUGGGGUGUUAAAGCAGUUUUUAUUUUUUUCUAAAUAAAAAGAAAACCCAUGCUUUUAUGGACACAAAGGGGACACUCCAUCAAGCCCUGUUGCUGAGUUACCUCCCUUGGUUUCAAUGGCACUUAUGUUGGAAAUCCAUAAAAGCCCUAUGGAAAUGGAGGGGGGGUGUCACAGCAGCAGGGUUUGGUAGUUUGUACCCCAAGUUAAUUGCCGUUGGCUUAAAUCUUUUGUUAAAAAAUCUUUUACUUAAUUUUACUGUUAUCUUCCAGGUGUCUAAAUCUCCAGUCUGUCUGUUGUACUGGUAAUUUAACUCUGUAAUGGAAUAGUUUGCUGCCAAUUAUUUAUAUAUUAAGUAAUUUUUAAAUAUUUGUAAUAUCGUUGACUGACUAAUAAACUAUUAAGUUAUUGGCA